AUCACCCCUUCUAGACUCCACUCCGCACUCUCUCUCUCUCUCUCCAAAUGGCCAACUUGUUCACUUCAUUCACACUAUGGUUGAUCAUAGUAUUGUGUACUCAAACCAUGCAUGCUAUGCCACUUUGGCCUGGUGGAAGAUCAACCAGGUUCUAUGACUUCAAGUUACAAACCAUGAAAAUCACUAAGCUCUGCAAUACAAGGGACAUAGUCACAGUCAAUGGAAUGUAUCCUGGACCUGUUGUUUAUGCUCAAGAAGAUGAUAGAGUGAUCAUCAGAGUCACCAACCAAUCUCCCUACAAUGCCACCAUCCACUGGCACGGUGUCCGACAGAGGUUGUCAUGCUGGUCGGAUGGUCCUUCCUACAUUACCCAGUGCCCAAUCCAAACGGGACAGACGUACACGUAUGAAUUCACAAUGCUGCAGCAAAAGGGCACAUUUCUUUGGCAUGCUCAUUUUUCAUGGCUAAGAGGGACUGUUUAUGGUGCCAUUGUUGUCUACCCUAAAACUGGAGUCCCAUACCCUUUUAAAUUCCCUUAUGAAGAGCACAUCAUCAUCCUAGGGGAGUAUUGGUUACGAGACCUUGUACAACUUGAGCAAGCAACUCUGGCGAGCGGCGGCGGUCCUCCACCAGCGGAUGCUUUUACGAUUAAUGGACACCCAGGCCCCAAGUACAAUUGUUCCAGUAAUGAUGUGUAUACGAUCAGUGUCGUCCCCGGAAAGACGUAUCUGUUAAGGUUAAUCAACGCAGCCUUGAACAUGGAGAACUUUUUCGCCAUCGCUAAUCACAAACUAACAAUAGUUGAAGCCGACGCCGAGUACACGAAACCGUUCACCACGGACCGUGUGAUGCUAGGACCCGGUCAAACACUCAACGUCCUCGUCACUGCAGACCAGCCAAUCGCACAAUACUCCAUGGGCAUGGGACCUUACAUGUCAGCAAGAAAUGUCCCAUUCCAAAAUAUAACAUCCAUUGCCUACUUCCAAUACCUAGGUGCCACAGCAAACAGCUUAGCUCUACCAGCACCGUUGCCGAGCUUUAAUGAUAAUCUUGCGGUUAAGACCGUCAUGGACGGGCUUAAAAGCCUUAAUUCCGUUAAUGUCCCUAAAGAGAUCGACACAAACCUAUUCAUCACUAUUGGGAUAAACGUUCAAAAAUGUAAAUCCAAGAUGUCACCGCAGAGCUGCCAAGGCAUUAAUGGCGGGGUUAUGGCCGCAUCGAUGAAUAACAUAAGCUUUAUUAAACCUAACAUUUCACUUCUAGAAGCUUAUUACAAAAAGAUUAAUGGCUACUAUACUGAGGAUUUCCCUGGGGUACCCCUUAAAUUCUAUGACUUUGUCAAUGGAGCACCUAAUAACAUCCCUAACGAUACAAGUUCCUUGAAUGGGACUAGGAUCAAGGUCCUUGAGUAUGGAACAAGGGUGCAGCUAAUCUUGCAGGACACUGGGACAGUUACCACCGAGAACCACCCAAUUCAUCUCCACGGUUACAGCUUCUAUGUCGUAGGGUUUGGUACCGGGAACUAUAACCCACAAACCGCCAAUUUGAACUUGGUUGAUCCACCUUACAUGAACACAAUUGGAGUUCCGGUGGGUGGAUGGGCCGCAAUCCGAUUUGUUGCCGACAAUCCAGGGGUUUGGUUCAUGCACUGUCACUUGGAGAUCCAUUUGUCAUGGGGCUUAUCGGUGGCGUUUAUUGUGAAGAAUGGGGUGGGAGAGCUAGAGACACUUCCUCACCCUCCGGCAGACCUGCCCCGGUGCUAGAGAGUUGUUGGAUUGUUGUUAAUAACUACAAGAUUUGACGGUUGUGAGCUUUCCAAUGUGAAGGAUUCUUUGACACGAAGUGUGUAUCACAGUGUUUUCCAUUUUCUUUCAGAUUAUGAGAAAUUGUGUUGUAGAGGAAGUUAAAGUCUGGAUGAAAUAAAACUGCAAAAUUGUUUUUUCCA